CAAUUAGACUCCAGGACGAGCAGGAUCACAUUUAUCGACAAUGUUGCUAGCUCUUUUUCUCUCUGCUCUCCUAGCCUCCUCUUGUCUCUCUCUUAAAGACUCCUGCCAGGAUCUUAAUAAAGAGUUUGAAGACUUCCACAUUGAUCUCUUAGACACGUCCGUAGUCCGUUUCGUAUCCCUCCACGAGAACUCGACUGAUUCCCCUCCAUGUCUCUGCCGUGGUAAUCCCUGCUCCAGCCCUCGCUACGCUCUCUACGGUGAUCCACAAUCUAUUUUCCCGGUCGACAACAUUACCGUAGUCCUUGGUAGUGGCAUUCAUAGGCUAAACGAGGGCCUAACUAUCAUUAAUUCCAGCUUCAUCUCCUUCAUUGGGGUAGAGGGAACCAUCCUCGAGUGUGGGAGAGACCCAAUAUUUGACAAUUGCUCUCUCGGUAAUAUUUUCAUCAGUGACAGCUCCUACAUCUCUUUCUCUGAUAUUACAUUUCAAAACUGUCACGAAGGUGUUCCGAUGGUGCAUGUGAAGUGGUCCGACCAUGUCAUAUUCAGCCGCUGCACUUUUCAGAAUAACCCAAUGAGUGCCGUCCAUCUCCAACAAGUUGAUUCUGUUGCUUUCCGUGAGUGUAAUUUCAUAGAAAACGUUCAUCUUGACGAUACACUAAUUUUCGACAACCAUACAUCUCAGUGCUAUCUCCAGCGAACCCUCUCAGAUUCCUUCUUCUUUAAUACUGGCCCAACAGCUGGUGCCAUCUCUCUAUAUGCUGACGAUCAACCAUUUAAGCUGUUGGUAUCUGGCAGUACUUUUAAUAGGAAUUCAGUUAGUGGUGUUCAUAAUAAUGACACUAAUAUUCCUAAUACUCUCCUCCAGCAUGGUCAUGGAGGGGCAAUGUAUGUUAGGCUAGUCGGUACGUCGAAUGCAGAGAUUUGUAUUGAGAAUAGCAACUUCACUGCCAACUCUGCUCAAGUGAAUGGAGGGGCUUUUCAAUUCUCGGCUGCAGAGAGAAGCAGCCAAAAUGAAAUAACGAUAAUCAAUAGUAACUUUAUUGAUAAUAACUGCACGUCUGAUUCAUGCACAGGAGGUGCUAUCAGUAUCGAUUACUUCCAAGACUCUGUCUCCAAUUCGUUUAUUAUAAUUGACUCAUUGUUUAUGGAUAACAGAGCAGGAGCAGGUGGUGCUCUUGUCCUACUGACAUCAGUAAACUCUGUCAGUCAUGAGUUUAGUGAGCAUCUGGUGUUUAGAGGCUGUAAGUUUAUUCAUAAUUUUGCCCAACAAGAUGGCUCUGCUCUUAGUGUCUUCUCUGUGACUCCAAUUAGCUCAUUUCCACUCCCUUUGGCCAUUCAGGACUGUUUAUUUCAGAACAAUACAGCUCUGAACACAAAUCAGAAAACAGCAGCAGUCUCAGGAUUUAGGGUCGACGUUAGCUUUCUUGGCACAAACGUCUUUAAUAAUAACUUUGGUGGUGGUCUUUCAGUUAUUGAGUCUCAGAUCAAUGUUCAAAAUGAGUUGGUCUUUCAUCAUAAUUUUGCAACCAGUGGAGGAGCACUGGCUCUUUAUGGGAGAUGUCUGUUAAAACUAUACGAAGACUCCAAUUUGACUUUCUAUGAGAAUUUUGCUUUGAGAAAUGGAGGAGGAUUGUACGUGGAGUAUGUCAGGACUGACUUUAUCUUUGGUAUCCUCAACCGUGGGUGCUUCAUUCAGUAUCAGUCAAUAAUGGACCUACGUCCACGUGACUGGAAUACUACUGUUAAUUUCAUCUCUAAUACUGCUGGUGAAGCUGGUUCAGCAAUAUAUGCUAGUGACAUGUCCUACUGCAGGUGGUAUGGAGAUGAUGUCAGUACAGACACUCCAAUAUUCGUACCAUAUCAAGGUGUUAGAACACCAUUUUACUUCCGUGAUAACAGGAUUGGUCUUUCUGAUUCAAGUGACAAUACCAGUGCAUUAUCAACUGAUGCCUUUCAAAUGACAGCAGAAACUGAGGAGGAUUAUGAUAGUUACAGUUAUAAUGAGGGAGUGUUGUUUCGUCUUUCAGCACUCGAUAGGUUUAACAAUACAAGAGAGGCCGUGUGGCAGGUUGAUGCACCAUUGGAGAAUGAACCUUUGGGAGCGAUAUCAUCUGAGAGGACUCUAUACACCUACAGGAUUCCAUCAAAGAGAGAUCUUAUGGAAACUAACGAAAAUUCAACCAACAUAUCACUCACUUUCUCUAUCUUCACCAUAUCAACAUCAAUUACUCCAGUUGAAAGAAAUAUUUCGGUCGAUCCAUGUCACCCUGGAUACACAUUUAAUGAGAGGACCAGUAGUUGUGAGUGUGCCUUUAACUUGAGACAGAUUGUCAGAUGUGACAGCUACAACAGAUACUUCUAUGUACAGGAAGGACUGUGGGUGUACACUGAUGGCAGUGAUAUUGUAUUCAGAGGUGCUAUACCUGGCUUCUUGAACUGCACACAGGAACGUAAUCUCCCAGGAUGCUUAUUCAAGUUUGAUGAACCCAAUGAACAAUGUGCUACUGGAAGAACAGGUGAUUUGUGUGCACAUUGUGCUGAAGGAUACAAUUUAGCUCUUGAUCUUUUGCGCUGUCGCAAAAACUGCAGUGACGUUGGAGCAGCUUUUUUAUUCGUGGGAGUAUGUAAGUAUUGAAAUCAAUAAUAAUGACAAUAAUAAAAAAU